AUGACACAUUUAUUUAUUCAGCAAUUAAAUAUUGAUAAACCUUUAAUUAUACAACCAAAUCAAAGUAUUGAAAAUAAAAAGAUAUUUAAUAAAAAUUCUAAUUUGUUUAAAUAUUCUUUAUUGAAUAUUUGUAUUCAAACAUUAUUUUCUUCUUCUCAAAUUCUUGAAAACCCAAUUAAUUCUUUAUCUAUUUCUUCAUUACCAUUAACGCUUUACCUUUCACCAAUUAUAUCUCCAAGAGAUAGCUUGUGUUGUAAAUCUUUUCUUCAUUUAUAUUCUUCAAAACAAAUUAACUUAAUUAAAUUCCCAAAUCAAAAAUUAGAUAUCGUUUUUAAAACUAAUGAACAUGUAUUUGGUGAUAUUGUAGUUAAUUUCAAAAGAUGUAAUGAACAAUUGUAUUCAAUUCAACUUACUUCAAAAACUAUAAUUUUUGUUCAUUAUUCUUCGUUAAUUCAUUUUAUUUCAAAUUAUCUCUUUGAAUCAUUGAUUCAACAAGAUUAUAAUAAAUUAUUUCUUGAUAUCAAUACUGUUAAUACAACUCUUAUUAAUUUAAAAACUCAAUGCCCUUCUUAUGAAGGAAUUCUCUUUCCACAAAUUCUUAAUUCAAAACAAUUUCCAAAUUCUAAAAUACAAAAAUUAUUAAAUGAUGAUGAAACUGAUUGGUGGGGUAUUCUUGAUCAAAAUCUUGUUAUGUGUAGAAAGGGAAGCUCACCGUUAAAUAUAACAUUACUCCAAACUCAUUCAAGAAAACGUUCAAAAAGUUCACCAAUUGAUAAUUGA